UUUAAGAUUUUCAACAAACGAACAUUUACAUUUUUAUUUAUAUACAUAGAUAGAUGAACAAAGCUGAUAUAUCAUUUUAUGUGAUAAAUUAAACGUCUAUUACGUCUUGAUGAGACAUCAGAAAUUUAUCAAUGAAAAAACUUUUACGUAUUUAAUGUGCAUAUAAAAUUAUUUCGUAUUUGAUGUGUUCUCAUAUCCGAUGAGUAAUUCUGUAGAUCCCGACAUAGAAUAUUUCAGAUAGCACGUUUUAUCGUAGAAUGGAUCUAAAAAAGAAAAACAACCCAUUUGAUUCAGCUGGAUUAAUCUCUCGUUUAUUUUUCUGUUGGGUUUUACCAAUAAUAAACAAAGGAAGGAAAAAAUUUCUAAAAGAAGAUGAUGUGUACAGAACAUCAAAAUAUCACACUUCUGAGUACCUUGGGAAUUUACUUCAGAAAGAGUGGAACAAGGAACUACAGAAGAGACAUUCAAGCAUUUUGAAAGCUUUAUUGCGAUUUGUUGGAUGGAAAUACUUAAUAAUACUUUUACUUGCACUAAUUCAAGAAACAGUAGUAGUUGCAGGCCAAGUGUACUUAUUGGGAUUAACAACAUAUUAUUUUGACAACAGAUCGGAAUGGAAUGAAUACAACAUCUAUUUAACUGUUACAGGAUUUUUCGGCCUGACUGCAAUUUAUGUGUUUACAUAUAAUACUAAUACUUUCAUGACAGAAGUGUAUGGGAUGAAGUUAAAGAUAGCUUUUUGCUCUCUUAUAUAUAGAAAGAAAAUUAUCCUUAACAAUAUUAUUAAUAAACAUACUUGUAACUUAUUUUUCAGUUGGGUUUUACCAAUAAUAAACAAAGGAAGGAAAAAAUUUCUAAAAGAAGAUGAUGUGUACAGAACAUCAAAAUAUCACACUUCUGAGUACCUUGGGAAUUUACUUCAGAAAGAGUGGAACAAGGAACUACAGAAGAGACAUUCAAGCAUUUUGAAAGCUUUAUUGCGAUUUGUUGGAUGGAAAUACUUAAUAAUACUUUUACUUGCACUAAUUCAAGAAACAGUAGUAGUUGCAGGCCAAGUGUACUUAUUGGGAUUAACAACAUAUUAUUUUGACAACAGAUCGGAAUGGAAUGAAUACAACAUCUAUUUAACUGUUACAGGAUUUUUCGGCCUGACUGCAAUUUAUGUGUUUACAUAUAAUACUAAUACUUUCAUGACAGAAGUGUAUGGGAUGAAGUUAAAGAUAGCUUUUUGCUCUCUUAUAUAUAGAAAGGCAAUUAGGUUAAGUCCUUCGUCUCUAGAAAAAUCGAAUGUAGGACAAAUGGUAAACCUUUUGGCAAAUGACGUUUGCAAAUUUAAUAAUAAUAUUUACUGCUUUUCAUAUCUAUUUACAAAUCCUUUUCUAAUUGUUGUGACGAUACUCGUGUUGUGGCAGUAUUAUGGAUGGACUAUAUUAGUAGGAUUCUUGGUUGUAUUUUUUUUCAUUCCUAUGCAAAUUGCAUUGAGUAAAUUAUAUUCAAAAUUGAGAUUACAAGCAGUUAAAUUGGGAGAUAAAAGAUUAAACCUGUUGAACGAGAUGAUUGCUGACAUGAGAUUAAUUAAAAUGUAUACCUGGGAAUUGCAAUAUGCUUCAUUAAUUGAGAAAGUCAGAGCGAAAGAAAUGAAAAAAGUUCGAAUGUUUUUAUAUGCAAGGGGAAUAUCAUUAAUAUUGUCAUAUCCUAUAUCAAAAUUAUUUACUUCUCUAACAUUUCUUGCAUUUUAUUUAACUGGGGGACAAUUAAAUUCCCAAAUUAUAUUUGUCACUCUGGCUUUUUCCUUUUACAUCUUAUAUAGCACCAUUGUUUUCUUUUCUAUAUCAAUUAAUCUCGCUGCAGAAAUUUUGGUUUCAUUGAAGAGACUUCAGAACUUUCUUCUUCUUCAAGAAAAAGAUAAUGUAUCAGUGAAAAUUGCAGAAGAAAACAUAAACUUAACUGAAAACGGAAUAUGGAUGGAGAAUGUCAAUGCUGCAUGGAAAAAAGAAACAGAACCAACAUUGAAUGGGAUAUUUUUAAACGUACAACCUGAAGAAAUGUUAACUGUUAUAGGUCCGGUUGGAUCAGGAAAAACAUCUUUAUUAAUGUCCAUCUUGGGGGAGAUUCCUGUUACAUCUGGUAAAGUAUCAGUAAAAGGAAAGAUAGCUUAUGCAUCUCAAGAAGCUUGGGUAUUCAACGAGACUAUCAAAGAAAAUAUCUUGUUUGGUGAAGAAUAUCAAGAAGAGAAAUAUAGAAAAGUCUUGCACAUAACGACUCUUGAAAAGGAUAUAAGUUUAUUUCCUAAAGGCGAUCUGACUAUUGUAGGAGAAAGAGGAGUGAUAAUGAGCGGUGGGCAAAAGGCAAGAAUUAAUCUAGCAAGAGCACUUUAUCUAGAUGCCGAUAUAUUCCUCCUUGACGAUCCACUGAGUGCUGUUGAUGUUCCAGUGGCGAAACAUAUAUACGAAAAAUGUAUAUUGGAAUAUCUGAAAAAGAAAAUUUGCAUUUUAGUUACGCAUCAAAUACAAUUUUUAAACUCUGAAAGUAAGAUUAUAGUGUUAAACAAGGGUAAAUGUGAAUUCAUUGGCAAUUAUCGUAAAAUGGAAAGCAUGGAAAUGCAAACAAGAAUUACAUCACAGCAAGAAAUCGCUGGAAAUGUCGAAUUGGAUUGUACACUUUUCAAUGAUAAUGAAAUAAAUAAUUAUACUCAAGCUGAGACACAUCAUCACAUUGAACAUAUUAAUAAUACUAACACAGAAGCCGAAAAGAAGAAAAUACCACGUGACGACGAAGUGGAAACAGUAGGAAUUUCAGUUUAUAAAGAAUAUGUGAAUGCCGGAGCAGGAUUUUUUUUGAAGAUUUUUAUUCUUGUUACGCUUAUUGUAUCGCAGUGCAUUAUAAAUGCCAGUGACUAUUGGCUAGUCAAAUGGAUGAAUGAUAAGAGAAUCCAUAGCCAAAAUAUUUCAUUAAAGACAAAAUCUUUCUACAACAGCAGUGAAGAAUUUUAUCAUAGUGAAGAAUUCAACAUAUAUGUUUACUUUGCAUUGAUUUGUGCAGUAUUCCUCGCGGCGAUGCUUUCUGAAUUAUUAUUGUUUCGAAUGUUCACAACUGCAUCUUUCAAACUUCAUAACGAUAUGCUUCGUUGUAUUAUUCGAACUCCAAUAUCAUUUUUGGAUAACAAUCCUGUUGGAAAAAUUUUAAAUCGGUUUUCCAAAGAUGUUAAUAAUAUGGACGAUACGUUACCUUCUAUUUAUUACCAAUUGAUAAGAGGAUACAGACUUUAUGUUGGCAUGUUUUUGAUUCAAGCGAUAAUAUGCCCUUAUCUACUAAUAUUAAUCUGUGUUCUUUCAAUCCUUUUCUAUUUUUUGUGGACUGUCCAUAACAGAGUGUUGCAAAGCAUAAAAUAUUUGGAAGGAAAAUAUAGAAGUCCAGUAUUUUCUCAUCUAAGUGUAUCUCUUUAUGGAAUUACAACCAUCAGAGCAUUUAAUGCUGAAAGUAAAUUUAUAUCCACUUUUAAUAAAUAUCAAGAUAGACACAAUGCAAUAUGGUUUAUUUUCUUAGCGUUAAAUCGAUGGAUUUCUACAUAUGGUCACAUCGUUUGUUUCAUAAAUAUAAUUAUUACUGUUCUUGUUUUCAUCGUUUCAAUUAAUACAGAUGAUGCAGGAAGCAAACUCGGACUUGUUAUGAAUUACGGAUUAAUGAUAUUUUGUUACUUUCAAUUGCUUAUUAAACAAACAUCUGAAAUGGAAUUUCAGAUGAACUCGGUAACACGCAUUAUGAAUUAUAGCAAAUUGAAAUCAGAAGCAUCAUACGAAACGUCAUCUGAUAAAAAGCCACCAUCUGAUUGGCCACAAAAAGGUGAAAUUCAGUUUGAUAAUGUUUGUUUACAAUAUGCCAAGGAUAAAAAUACUGUUUUAAAAAACUUAACAUUUUGUAUUCACUCGGGAGAAAAGAUAGGAAUUGUUGGGAGAACAGGAGUGGGAAAGAGUUCAUUAAUAGCUGCGUUAUUUCGUAUGUCAGAGCCAACAGGAACGAUUACAAUUGACGGUAUUGACACAAAAGAUAUUGGUCUACAGGAUCUACGUAGCAAAAUAUCGAUCAUUCCUCAAGAUCCAAUGUUAUUUACUGGUCCUCUUCGAAAAAAUAUUGAUCCUUUCGAUGAAUAUUCAGAAGAAACUCUCUGGCAAGCAAUAGAAGAGGUGCAAUUAAAAGAAGUUAUUGGUAAAUUACCUGGCGGAUUGGAUACACAUUUAACAGAAGGAGGGAAAAAUUUCAGCGUUGGACAAAGACAAUUAAUUUGCCUUGCCAGAACCAUUCUUCGUCAGAAUAAAAUUCUUGUCAUGGACGAAGCAACAUCCAAUAUUGAUAAAAGGUGGGAAAGAGAGUCACUUAACACUGCUGCUAGAGAAUAUAAAAUGUACAUUGACCAUAUCGUGUAA